UUGGCGCGUACCUUGAACGAAUCAUAUAAUAUGUCUUAUUAUAGCAAGUUGUGUUUAUUCAUUUUCAAAUCUAAAUGAUGCUAUGGACAGGAUUAUCCAUGGUCUUUAUAUUGGUAACAUUCGAGCAGCCAAAAAUCAUGAACAACUGAAAAUCAAUUCAAUUACACAUAUACUUUCUAUUCUGGAUACGGAAAAUAGCCAUCAAAUUGAGGGUAUCAAAUAUUUGUGCAUUUGUUUGGCGGAUUCUCCUCAUCAGAACAUAAUCAAACAUAUUCCAAAAUGUAAUUUUUUCAUUCAUAAAGCUCGGUUAACUGGUGGAAAUGUAUUAAUUCAUUGUUUGGCAGGUAUAUCAAGAAGUGUAACUAUUGCAGCAGCAUAUCUUGCUUCGGUCACAAAAUUCAAUUGUAACGAAACCCUUAAUUUAAUAAGAAAUAUUCGACAAAUUUCUGCACCAAAUCCAGGAUUUUAUAAACAACUUUUAGAUUUUGAAACAUAUCGUCUACGACAAGAACGUAAUCGUAUAGUGAUGGAAUAUCAUUUUGGUUUAAUAGCUAACGAUGAAAUCGAGAUUCAAAGAUUAUCAUCAAGUCAUCAUCCUUUGACAACAUCAAAACAAAUAUCAGAUGAUGGUGGAUUGAAUGAAUGAUUAAUGGCCACUUGAAUAGCAAAAUUAGUGAUUCAUUUUUUAAACAUCAACUUUUGUCAAUAAUAAUGGUGCCAAUAAAUUAUGAUAUCAAUUUUGAUUUAA